AUGGCUGACCUGCCCACCACUAUCUACGGGGCAUAUGAGCAGAUCCUGACCAAGUCACACCAGCAAGAACCGAUGAUUCGGCGGGCAUUAAGUAUGAUUUUGGCAGCGAGCCGGCCAUUAUCUGUUUCAGAGAUGAACGUCGCAUUGAACGUUGAUAGGACAUCAAUGUCAAUUCAUGAUCUUGAUGUAGAAGACAAGGCCUUCACGACACGGCUGAGAAAUUGGCGUGGGUUAUUUGUGUCUGUCCACCAUGAUCAGGUGUAUUUUAUUCACCAAACCGCUCGAGAAUUCCUACUUGCAACCACAGCUAUCCCUCGGGACUCAUGUUGGCAACACUCUAUCACCAACUGUGACGCACAUAGCAUUCUUGCAGAAGCCUGUGUGUUGUAUCUUGACUUUCUUAAUAACGACUCAACCUCCACAGUUGCAGGCAUAGAUGAUGGCGAGCUCCUCAAUGAAUAUACAUUCCUAGAUUAA